UAAACGAAGAUUUCAAUUCCAACCUCAAUGGAACUUAACUAAAGGAUUUAAAUAAAAUGUUACAUUUAUUAUAUCAUGUUGAAUCUGUAUUUUCAAGUGACGAAUAAAGCUAUCAUCCUCUGUGUAAUAUAGAGAGAACAUUGAAGUGUUAAAUAUUUUAUUUCAAGAUAAACUAAAAAAUAAUUUUUGUAUAAAGUAACAAAAGUGACGUAAAGUUGUAAUGAUUAAAAGCAAGUUCGCGAAGCAACUGCCAAUCUUUAGAAAUGAAUUGCAAUGGGGGGUCGUCUUUGGGUGGUGAAUGUAGAUCAAAUACAUUUAUGGAUGUUAAGCCAAUUGUUACAUAUGCAGGAGAUGACAAAUUAUUUUCUACAUUGGAAAACAGUUUAUUCCAAGCCAUAUCUGCUGAUACAGUGGAAUGGCGUAGAUCAUUUAGUAGACCAAUUAAACAAGUCAAACUUGGAGCAACAUUUUUGCCAUUUUCUAAGGAUAUUUUGCCAACUGAGAAAGAUUGGCAUUUGAUAAAACAGCCAAUAUUUCAUAUUUAUUGGACUGAAUGUUCUGAUGUAGAUACCUAUAAAACAAGUAUUAGAGAAGACAUAGAUAACUGGUUAAAAACAUUAACACAAUAUCACAUUCAGGAUUGGAUGAUUGUUAUAGUAGAAACUUAUGACAUAAAAAAAACUAACAAGUUAUUACCCAGGACAACAGUUUUAGACAAAAUUCGCAGUGACUUUGCUGCUAAGCAUGGUGAUAGAUGCUGUGCUGUAAUAAAUCCAAUAAAAUCAGAAAUGCGCUCAGCUGAAUCAUGGAGAAGUUUAGUUAGCCGUAUACGUUAUUUAAUGCUUGCUGCAUAUGAUAAAAGACUAUCUCAUUUUGAAGAUAUUAUUAGAGAACAAAGAGAAAAUAGAAAUCACCCAAACUGGAAUUUCUGUCACUAUUUCUUACUGCAGGAAGAACUUGCAUUUGUUUUACAAAUGUUAGGAUUAUAUGAUGAAGCAUUAGUACAGUAUGAUGAAUUGGAUGCUCUUUUUACACAGUUUGUGCUUAAUUCUAAUGUAGGAGAUACACCAAUUUGGUUAAAUUUAUUUCAAACCCCAUUAAAUAACUGGGGUGGUGUUAAUUUAAGUAAUGGUACAAAUCAUCAUUUAAGGAACCUUCUGGCUGAAUGUAAAGCAUCACUAUUAGAUCUUAGAAGUUAUUUAUUCAGUAGACAAUGUGCCAUGUUACUAUCACUUAACAAACUAUGGGAGGUUGCGCAAAGGUGCUUAUCAUUUGUUCAUAAUACAUUAAGUGAAUUACGUAUAUUAGAAGUUCAGCGACCUGAAGGAUCCAUUGAAUGUUGGUCUUUCCUUUGUGCGUUAGAAGUGCUUCAAGCUUGUCAAUUAUCAUCAUAUAAUAUCGAUAACAAUCAGCAACUGGACCUUUGUUCCUUACAUACCGCGAGUUUAUGGGCUCUUGCUAGGGAUAAAUUGGGAAAUUUAGGAAAAUUAUGUGGUUUAAUGCCUGGAAGUGAGCCAUCUAGUGAGCAACUACACACAGUUGUUUACCUAAUAGCUGGUAUGGGAGAUUCUGAACCACAGAUAGAAGGGAAAUUAACACCUACCGAUAAAUUAAAAGAAGCACUUUCGUCUAAAGAGGCAUUCAAGAAACAAUAUCUUGAACAUGCAGAAUUAGCUAUGGGUACUUAUAAACAUGUAGGCCGAAUUCGAUCAGCCAGAUUAAUCGGAAAAGAGUUAGCACAAUUUUAUAGCGAGCUAGGCGAGAAUCAAAAAGCUGUUGCAUUUUUAUCGGAUGCCUUAAAAACAUACACUGAUGAAGGCUGGAGGCACUUAGCAGCACAAACUCAACUCGAAUUGGCACAGUGCUACAAAAGAAUGGAUGAUGUUGAAAAAUAUACAAAAAUAUGUGCUGCUAUUGCCAGUUUGGAUGUAUUACAUAUUACUGUUCGUAAUACUUAUUUUGAAGAAAUGUUCGGGUAUAUGAAAAUGAUCUCAUCACCACAACCCUUACUUGUAGAACUCGGAUGUGCUUUUGUAGUACUCAGUAUGGAAGUUAAAGUGAUGGAUAAAGUAGUGCAAGACUGCGUGGUCAAUAUCGAAAUAUAUAUACAAAGUUUGUUUCCUAGAGAAGUAAAAUGUACUAAAGCGUCUAUAUCUGUUGAAGAAGUUCAGAAACCUCUAUUACCUAAUAAAAAAAAGGGUUCGAAGUUACCACCUGAACCAUCAAUUCCAUUAUUAUCGAAAUGUACUCUAGAAGAUAUGAGACCGUUUGAUCCAAGUUUGCUUCAAUUACAAGUAUAUUCAUAUUUAGAUUAUAAAGAAGAUAAAAGCCUCGGAUCAGCUAGUGUCUUACACAAAAACACUAAGCCUAUUGUAAGACGUUCUGACAGUACAAAACAUAGGAAACCAUCAGUAAAUGCAAAAGGUGAUUUUAGUAAAGCGCUAUCAUGUAAUGAUUUUAUUGUGAAACCAGGUAUGAACAUGGUUACAUUAACUAGGCGUAUAGAUCAGCCUGGUUUUUACAAAGUUGGUCAAAUAUCAUUAGUGAUUGAGGAAAAAUUGGAAUUUUUAUCACCUAUUUUAAAUCCUCGGUUAUGUUAUGAAGUAGCUAAGACUCAGCCUACAAUUUCUAUGAAAUAUAGUAGAGACUUAUUGGCAGGCCUUAUUCAAGGCAUAGAAUUAGUUAUUAUGAGCGGAAGUAUAAAAAUAACAAAUGAAAUGAAACUUAAAUUACGUACGUCUAGGGGAUUGAUAAUACAAGUCGAUGGUUCACAAGAAACAAUGUCUAAAGAACUAGAAAUAUCACUGCCAUUUUGUGAACCAUUUCAAACAACAUGGUUAAAGUUUAAAGUUCUAGCAGAAUUACCACCAAAGAAAGAUUCUUUAUCAAUGGAACAUAAACUGAAUAUCCAAUGUCCAUGGGGUCUGGAGGAAAGCAUACCUUUACAUUUUGGUCCACCACUCAUGUCAAAUAUGAAACUCCAUACUGCAAAAGAAAGGAAAUUUCUUCAAAUAAUUGUAACAGGAUUAACAAAUCAACUUUUACAACUAAUUGAGCCAGAAUUAACAACAGCAACAUCAAUAGAUGUUAACUUUAAAAGCUUAAAUCCUAUUGCUGGUCAGAGAUUAGUAAUAGGUAAUGGAAUAAAUGUAUCAUUUAUGUGGGAACUUGAAAUUGGUAAAGAUGAAAAGUCUUUGAUGCCAAUAAAGACUGAUUUUCGUGUAAAAUAUAUACCAAUCAAUGAUACUGAAGAUUUGAACGAUUUAAAUAGCAAUGAGGAUCCUCUGCAAAUUCAUAAUUUACAAAGAAUGGAAAAAGCAUGCAGUCUUUAUAGAUGCAAUUUUGAUAUUACAGAUUAUGUGACUUUAUUUACAGUGUCUUCAAAAGUUGAAGCAGCUGGAAAUGGAGGUGAAUUUUGUCGUGCUGGUAGCAUGUGCCAUCUUUAUCUCACAGUAACACGUAUGUUACCUAGUCCAAAUCCAAAUCCUUCACCACAAUUAAUGUACGAAGUUCUUGCUGAUCAAGCCAUGUGGGCUGUAUGUGGUCGUACUGCUGGUAUUGUGUCUUUGGAAGUGUUAGAGAAACAAAGCGUCACAUUGGACGUGAUGCCAUUAACUAGUGGUUAUUUACCCCUACCCGUUGUUAGAUUGUCUCGAUAUAUUCCAGCACCAGAAUCCAAAAGUGAUAUGAUUCGCAAAAGUGAAAUAGCUUCUAGUUCAAGACUAGAACCAUUUAGUCCAGGCCAAGUUUACAAUGCUAGUAAAGCACAACAAGUUCAUGUUCUACCAGCAGCACCAUCAGAAGCAAAUUGAAUGCAGAUAUUGAUAUUAAAAAUGUAUAAUACACCUAUGGCAUUAUAAAAUGCAAAUUGUAUGCACAUUGAUCAAGACAAUUUCUACGUUGUUUGGUAUAUUUCUAUGAUACAGAGUAUAUAAUAUAUAUAUAUAUAUAUAUAUGUAUUACAAUAUAUAUUUAUAUUAUAUAUAUAUAUAUAUAUAUAUAUAUAAUAUUACUAUUAUUAAUUUAUCAAUCAUCACUAUAUUAAUUUGUUUAUAUUUUUAUAUUUUUAGAUUGAGAUUUGAAUUUUGGACAAAUAAAAUUUAUAUAUAUUGUUCGAAGUUACAUGUUUAUACGAUAUUUGUUCAAAAAACAAAUUUCAAUUUGCAUCAUUGUUUAUUUUUAUUAAUAAUAAGCAAUUAUAAGUUUAAGUUUUGCCAUUAUAAAAGCAAAGAAAUAAUAUGACAAUAUUUAAGCAGUAGGUAAAAUUCAGAAGUUUCAUAGUUAAGAAAUACUGCUACAAUAUAAUGUUUUCUUUUGUGCAGUAAUGUGAUUUAUAUUCUAGUGAACUUAUUGAACAAUGUUCAUUUUUUGAUAUUGUUGUAUAGUCCACGUGUAAAAUUCAAUCAACAUAUUUUUCUGUUCGACUUAAUUCGAGAGAAAUAAGUUGUAAAAGUUUGUUACUUCUAUUUUAAUGUAACAUACUUAUAAUUUUUCCAUCAUGUACCUAUAAUAGUAUAGUUAUAUACCUUAAACUGUUUCCUAUUUUCUAAAUAUUUAAUUUUUUACAUAUGUUCUAUAUGCUAGAUUUACAAUAAAACAUUCGUGAUAAUUUCAUUCGA